AGGGCAGGAAAAGAUUGGGAAAUAAUAAAAGAGGCGAAAAAAUUUCAGAUGUCUCAAAAGAUUUAAGUGAUGGUGUCAAAUUAAUCAUCUUUUUAGAACUCAUCUCUAGCAAAAAAUUCAACAAGAAAUAUGAUUACGAACCAAAAUCACGUAUCAACUACAUUCAAAAUGUUGCACUUGCUCUUAAAUUCUUAGAAGAAGAGUUAAAGAUUAAAGUUCAAGGUGUUGGUGCUGAAGAUUUUGUUGAUAACAAUAAAAAAAUGAUUCUUGGUUUCUUAUGGACCUUAUAUCGUAAAUAUCGUAUUGCAGUUAUUAGUGAAGGUGAUAAAUCAUCAGAAGAAGGUUUAUUAUUAUGGUGUAAGAAUACCACCACCGGAUAUGAUGGUGUUAAUAUUUCUUCAUUCACCAAAUCAUUCCGUGAUGGUUUAGCCUUUUUAGCCCUUUCACACAAAUUCGACCCAGAACAAUUCAAAUAUGGUGAAUUUGACAAACUCGAUCCAAUUGCUCGUUUAAAUGCUGCUUUUGACUUUGCUGAAAAAGGUUUAGGUGUUCCAAAACUUCUCGAAGCUGAAGAAGUCAUGAGAGGUACCACUGAUGAACGUUCAUUAGUUUUAUACACCUCAUUAUUCUUCCACGCCUACCGUGCCAAAGAAGAAAAAGAACGUUUAGAAAGUAGCAAGAAUGAAAUUGCCAACCGUCUUGCUGGUCUCCAAAACUCACUCGAAAAUGAAAAAGUUUCACGUGAACAAUUAAUCAAACAAAAAGACGAACUCAAAUCCUUAUUAGCCUCAUUAGAAUUCGAAGGUGCUGAACGUGAAAAGAGAUUACGUGAACUCGAAGCCAAGCUCGAAGAUACCCUCAAAAACCUUGAAUUAGAAAAACUCGCUCGUAUGGAAUUAGAAGCUCGUUUAGCAAAGACAGAAAAAGAUAGAGCUAUCCUCGAAUUAAAAUUAGCUGAAGCCACAGAAGAAAAAUCAAAAUUAGAGCAACUAAUUGAAGCUUCCCGUCAAAGAGGUGCUGCUGAAGCUCAAGGUCUCGGUUUAUUAAGAAAGAAUUUAGAUCAACAUGUCCACGAUCUCCUUAAAUGGCAAAAACUUACCGUCGAAAACUCUUCAUCAUCUUCAUCAAUCGAUGACCAAAUCAUCGUUGAAGUUUCUGGUUUACCAUUUGGUGACCAAGUUAAACAUUUAGCCUCCAAAUUAGAUGAAGAAAAUAAAGCCAUUCAAAAAUUAUUAUCACAAAAAGAAGAUGACUUAAAAAUAAUGAAAUCAAAAACCUCAAAAUCAAAAUCAAAAUAA